CUGCACAUUGACCAGACUAUUGAAUCAACUGCGGUUUGCAUUACAUUUACGUGGAGCUAUUUUUCUUUUAGACUACAAUGUAAUUCCUUUCUCGUUUUAAUCCACCCCGCCUUCCUACAGAUUCGUGUCAAAGUGGUUGAAGCGCGUCAGCUCCAAGGUGGAAACGUUUCACCGGUAUGCCGGAUAACUUGUUGGAAUCGGACUGAAGAGACACAUGUGAAAAAUUCCACCAACUCGCCGUACUGGAAUGAGAUCUUUUUCUUCAAUUAUCACGAAGCCCCGGCCACUUUGUUGGAUCAGGCUAUCCGUUUUAGUGUGUUCAAUUCACGACAUCUCCGCAAAGAUGCUCUGAUAGGCUCAUUCAAAUUUGAUUUGGCCAUACCGUACGAGGAGAAGCAGCAUAGUAUGAUCAAUAAGUGGCUCUUGUUAUCCAAUCCGGAUGAUCCAAUGGCCGGAGCGAAAGGUUAUUUGAAAAUAUCGAUUGUGAUUCUGGGUCCGGGGGACGAGGCCCCGAGUAUGAAUCCGCUAGAUUCAGAGGGAGAUGAAGAUAUUGAAGCAAAUCUGUUGCGUCCUGCCGGAGUGCAAUUACGACCGGCGGUGUUCAAAAUACGACUAUACAAGGCCGAAGAUUUGCCUCGAAUGGAUCCGGAAACAUUCAAAGGUCUGAAAAAUCUCAUGUCGAACAAGGCAGAAGAACAAAAGGAAUACGCGGAUCCGUACAUGAUUUUAUCAUUUGCUGGAAAAACUCUCAAAUCGUCGACCAAGUACGGCACCGAUCAUCCCGAAUGGAACGAGGAAAUGACAAUGAAUCUACAAGUGAGCUACGCAUUCAAUAAGCACUGCUGGUCCUCAUAUUCAUGCUUGUUAUUCAUCUUAUUUGUUUGCGACCAACGGUCCAAAGUACAAAAAAUAUAA